CACUGGGCCAGAGGAGUUUCUGCUCAUCCAUCUUCAUCCAGCUACCCCUGACCAGCCAACUGCUCGGCUAGAGUUCAGGGAUUCCUGGUGGAGCAGUUACUAGCUGGCCUCAGGACACCACGAUCUUGGGAGGAACUAGGACUGUGCACACCAAGGCCUCCAGCAGAGCCUUUCCCUCUUUUCCUGCAGGGAACUGCAAUCUCUUUCAGGCAGCAGGAGAAAGGAGACGGUUUGAUCGAGGUUAUCAGCGAAGUCCCAGGGGCACACGAAAGGUUUGGGCUUUUCCUGGUGGAGCUGGGCAAUUCUUCACCAUGGAGGUGGCCCUGGAUCUGAACAGUGAAAGAGAACAGAGCAGAAAACUGUCAGAGAAGCAUCAAGUCUUGCGCCCCCCAAGAGCUCCAAAUGGGACCCAUCACAGAAAAGGGGCACUGAGAGCCUGGCCCUUCUCUGGGCUGUGCGGAGUGUCCCAUCCAGCUCUGUUCCAAAUCACACUGGUCGCUUCUCUGUUGGCCACCGUUCUUGGCAGAUGUGGUCCCCCUCCUGUUUUACUCUUUGCUUCUCCAACAAUGGAGCUGAACCAGACAGAGUUCGAAACUGAAACUGUUCUGAAAUACACCUGCCGCCCUGGCUACACCAGGAGCAGUUCAGUUCAGACUCUUACCUGUAACAUUAGCGGCCGGUGGAAGUACAAUGUCUUCUGCAUCAAGAAACGGUGCAGAAAUCCAGGAGAUUUACCUAAUGGCAUAAUGGAAAUUAAGACAGAUUUCUUCUUGGGAUCACAAAUAGAAUUCAGUUGUUUAGAAGGGUAUAUCUUAGUUGGCCCAAGCACUAGUGUUUGUGAGAUCCAAGACAAAGCAGUGGACUGGAGUGCUCCUUUUCCAGUAUGUGAAAUUGUCAAAUGUGAGUCCCCUCCAGACAUCAGCAAUGGGAAACACAGUGGUGAAGAUGAAGACCUCUACACAUAUGGCUCCUCGGUCACCUACAGCUGUGACCCCAACUACUCCCUCGUAGGCAAUGCCUCCAUUUCCUGUGUGGUGGUGAAUAAAACAGUAGGUGUCUGGAGCCCAAGACCUCCUACCUGUGAAAAAAUCAUCUGUCGCCAGCCAACCAUUCCACAUGCUAAGAUUUUGUCUGGAUUUGGACCCAUCUACACUUUGAAAGACUCUAUUAUGUUUAGCUGCCAGAAGGGUUUUGUCCUCAGAGGCAGCAGUGUAAUCCACUGUGAAGCUGACAACACCUGGAGCCCUUCUCCUCCUGUUUGUGAGCCAAAGGUUUGUUGUGCAGCCCCAGAGGUGAAGCAUGGUGGAAGCAUUGAAACAAAAGCUGCUUUCACCACUGAUUGUCCGUAUUCCCAUAAGGACGUAAUUUUCUACAGAUGUCCCGGCAGGCAAAUGCGCUCGGCAACGUGCCAACUGGAUGGCACGUGGAGUGCUCACACACCAUUAUGCAGCCAAGGCUGUGAAGUGCCUCCUAGCAUUGCCCACGGACAUUAUGAAAAAGUUUCAUCGUAUUUCUCAUCAUAUACAUUUGUAUAUAAAUGUGAUGAAGGUUACAAGCUGGUUGGACAAGAGAAGCUCUCCUGCAAGGAUUCCCAAUGGUUACCUGAAGCCCCCCAGUGCAAAGCUCAGUGUCUGAAGCCAAAGAUAGCAGAUGGAAAGCUGUCUGUGAAUAAGCCUCUGUAUGUCGAGUCUGAAAACAUCACCAUCCACUGUAACGCUGGCUUUGGAGUCGUGGGCUCCCGAAGUAUCACUUGCUCUGGGAACAGAACCUGGUACCCAGAGGUACCCAGGUGUGAGUGGGAGGUACUGGAAGGCUGUGAACAGGUGAUCGCAGGCAGGAAGCUCAUGCAGUGCCUCUCAAAUCCAGCUGAAGUGCAGAUGGCACUGGAGGUGUAUAAGCUGUCUCUGGAGAUUGAACUACUGCAACUACAGAUAGACAAGGCCGGGCAGUCCACGCGGGAGUCAUAGCCGUAAGAGAAAGGGAUGCCUGGAUGUCUUGCUGUCUCCAAUUCCAUGUAGACCAAUUUAGCAACUCUUCUGCACAUUGCACCUCUGCUCCUGACAAUAAAUAUCUAGAGAGGAUCAGUGCUUAAAGUGUGCUCUGAGAUUACGGAAUUAUUGAUCAUCUGUGGCUCAUAUAUUUACUUCUCUGUAUGCAAAGUGUACAUUUUUCAAUUAAAAUUUAUGUCUUUGUGGUCAUUUAGUA